AUGGUAGCUUUGGCGAAAAAUGCUGCUUGGGUAUGUCAACAGGCGGAUUUUAACGCUAUGUUUGAAGUCAUUCGACGGCAAAACAGCAAUUUACACCGAUAUUUGACAACUGCAGAUAUUAAAAUGUGGACUCAUUCACAUUUUCCAGGAGACAGAUAUGAUAUCAUGAUAAGCAAUUUUGCAGAAUGCAUUAAUGGCGUGCUUAAGGAGGAAAGAGCGUUUCCUAUUGCAUAUUUUGUGGAUUCAAUUAGAAAGCUGCUUUCAAGAUGGUUUGCGGAAAGGCGAGAGAAAGCUGUCUCGUUGAAAACAAACUUCACAGAUGCAGUUGAACUCGCACUGCAUAUGAGACACGCCAACAUGGGUACAUUAGCUGUUCAACACAUUGAUGCAAACCGUUCGUAUGAUACUGGUGGAGAUUUAAACUGUAUGGUUGAUCUAGAAAAGAGGAGUUGUACUUGUAGGCAAUAUGAUCUCGAUAAGAUAUCAUGUGAGCACGCAAUUAAAGUGGCUCAAUCUCGGAAAAUUGCUGAAGCAAACCUGGUGGAUCCUGUUUACACAAAAGGCUACUUGGUUGCAGCGUACGCAGAACCUAUUAACCCUACGCAUGAAGAUUUGAUCCCACCAGCUGAUGUACUUAGUCAAGUGUGUCUGCCACCCGAAAUUUGCAAACAACGUGGUAGGUCUAAGAUGAAGAGAUACUUAUCUGCAAUUGAAAAAGCUAAGAGAUUCAAGCGUCAACUUUUGAAAAAGAGGAACCAACCAUUGAGUACUAGCAAUCCACCUCCGGCGAGAAAGGAAGGCAAUCAGACUUCACAGAAAACAUCAACAAAGAAACAUUGUCGUAGUCCAGCUCCCAAGUACGCCAUUAAAAGAGAAGCAAACCAAUCCACCGCGGAGGACGCCAUCAACUAA